CCAGUUAUAUUGAUCCGCUCGGCCAGCAGGAUACGAGAGGUUCGUCAACUUCGGGCAAGGAUGAGAUGUGCAGGGAUUGGUUUGGUGGUUUCUGUACCAGCAGCCAGUGCCCCCCGUGCCCAUAAAUUAAUACCGACUAAUCUCACUUGCCGGCUUUGGCGGUUUCGAGGGGAGUGUACUCGGUCGCAAUGCCCUUUCGCGCACGAGCGUCAGAGUCCCGAUAGUUCCUUAAGGAAUCAACCACCUGUUAAAAACGGAAAUCCUCGAGAUGUCGUGCAAUUUGCCGAUAGUCCCAUUAAAGAUCAACCUCUCGUUCGAAACGGCAACACUCGAGAUGGCGUACAAGUCCCCAACCGUCCUGUUAAAUAUAAACCACUUAUUCGAACGGACAACGUUCGAGAUGACGUGCAAGUUCCCGCUAGUCCUGUCAAAGACGAACUACCUGUUCGAAAUAGCAACACUUGUACCCAAGUUCCCGACCGUCCCGUUAACGACCAACUAUCUAAUCGAAACGGCAAAACUCUAGAUGGCGUUUCAGCUCCUGAAGGUUUUGUUAAGAGCCGAAACGGUGGCGCUCGAGGGACAAUAGAUCAAGACUUAACUGGGCCUCCAUCUUCUGGCACGUCUAGUAGUGUUCAGUGCCCCAUGACACAAGUCCCACCCUCGGGAACAAAAUCCCGUGGGUCAGAACGACAUUCUCAAGCGGCUUCGACUGAUACCACACCCAAAUACACGGGACACAAGACAAUAAGCAAUCCCGAUGAUCGCCAACCGAAGCAAGUUUGUCAUGACUCGUUGUACGGUCGUUGCCAGCGUCCCGUACGCCAUUAUUCGCAUGAACGUCCCAAUGAUAACGCAUCGCAAAUGAACGCUUUAUCACCAAUUCGGAAUACUUGUGCCGAUGACACACCAAAGUCUGGCAGCUCACCAUCACGACACGCACCACCCGGCCUGCCGCCCCCUACCACACGUCGAAACGAGGAUCUUGUCAUACCCGUGACAGUUGCGGAUCAUAUCACAGUGAAACUACGUAGCGGUUUCGAUAUACAGGACGUGGACCACCGGAUUCGAAACACGGUGGGUACACCUGGAGACGUGUCACCACACGUCAAGGAAUCACAACUCCGCUCCCUUUUGGAAGCAUAUCAAGUCGAUGAAUUAUGUAUUCCGGAAGGAAAGGGUGCCAAGCGGUUGACCGUCAAAGUGCUGUUCUCCACUGCAGCCCUAGCUAUGGAGGCUUCCAUCGCUCUUCAUGGACGCCAAUUCCUAGGGAGGAAACUCACCGCGAAGCUGUCUUUGAACACCACCGCACGGGGUACCACAGUGCUCAAAGAUAAUGCCGUCCGUAUUACUUGGAAUGCGCCCCAGCGCGUUGGGUACGCAGGUUACGCGACCCUUGACGAGGCCAAGGCUGCGAUUGCAGCAGCCACUGGAUUGGUGAUGAGGGACAACAUUCUCACAGCCGCAUUGUACGAAGGAUUGCCCGCAGUUGGUGUUUACAGCGUCAUGUUUUCUCACCUUCCUCCCGAUGCAGAGAGAAAGGAUUUGGAGCAGUUCGGCAACGCAGAGUCGAUCCUACUUGAACGCCCCAAUUACGAGUCACUCGACAGCGCUCGCCAAGCAGUACUUCGAACGUUGCACUCGUGCGGCAAUCUGUCCAAUUUUGAACUUGUUCUCCCUAUCUGGAACGGCACCGUUCUCGCUUGGGCAACCUUUGAGACCCACGCGGACGCCGGCAAUGCCAGGGAUCAUCUAGAUGGGCAACGUCCUCGUGCAAUCGGAGGAAGAACUUACAUAUCCGCACGGCAUGUGCAGUCACUCAGCUUCUCAUUGCCGUUGAACAAGUUUAAGAUGUUAGAAGGAGACAUCGCUCGCCUUCGGUGGACAUGGCGGACAAGGUUCAACCAUGACGUGACCAUUGUCGAUCGCCUCAUACAGACUGAUGGACCUGUCCAUAUUAAGAUCUCAGCCGAAAACUUGAAUAAUCUUGGGAUUGCCAAAGCAGAAUUUGAACAACUUCAACAUGGUGAAGUCGUGACUCUUCAGAGGAAACCCAUAUGGGACAGAUUCUUUUCUCAUCCAUCCGGCCAGUCAUUCCUUCGUGAGCUAGAGGGCCAAUAUCCUGGAAUCGGAUUACGAACUCAGAUGAGCAAAAUCUUACUUUUGGGUCCAAUCAAACAACGUCAGCUUGCUCGGCGAGAUAUCAUGACGCGAUUCCAAGAAUUACAGGCGCGAAAAUUGUGGCGCAUCCCCCUAUCAGGCAAGGUGGUUGGUCCAUUUGUUGGCACACACCUCUUGACCCUGCAGAAAACUCUUGGCCCUGAUAACUGUUACGUUCAUCACCUUUCGAAUCAGCGCAAUCUGGUCGUUCGAGGUAACGAACAGGCUUACCGUAUCGCCUGUGAAGCGGUGGAAAAGGUACAAAGCCGCUAUGCAGACAGCUCCACGCAAUCCCCCCAAUCUGUCUGUCCUGUUUGCUUCACCGAAGCAUCAGUCCCAACCAUUCUCACCUGCGGACAUACUUGGUGCACGUCUUGCCUCGAGAGUUACCUUGUGUCCGCAGUCGAAAACAAGGCAUUCCCUCUGACCUGCCUCGGUGAUGACGCCUCAUGUACGGAACGCAUCUCUGUCGCCCUCGCCAAAAAUGUCUUAUCUGGCGAGGACUUCGCUGCCUUGUGUGAAGCGUCAUUUUGGUCGUACGUUCACGCGCGGACGGACGAGUUCCAUCACUGCCCAACACCGGACUGCGCUCAGGUGUAUCGUGCAGUUUCUGGCGGCAUAGUUCUCCAAUGUCCAUCUUGUUUGGUUCGCAUCUGUUCCAGUUGCCAUACGGAGGCUCAUGAUGGGCUCACCUGCGAUGAGCGGGACAAGGCAGAGGACAAGCUGUACCAUGAAUGGGCAGCCACUCAUGAUGUCAAAAACUGCCCUGGCUGCAAGACUCCAAUAGAACGGAGCGAAGGCUGCAACCAUAUGACUUGCAUUAGAUGCCAAACGCACAUCUGCUGGCAAUGUCUAGCAACGUUCCCGAAGGGAGAUGGUAUUUACGAACACAUGCGAGACAAACAUGGUAGCAUUGGGCUAGAAUUUCUGUGAUCGUGGUAUAUUUCUCUCUUUUUCCAUCUUAUUUUAUGCCUAGGCUUGCUUCAUUUCCCAUUUGUUCCACCACCUGUACAUUGCGAGUUGUACUUGUGUCGAUAUCUUUUGUAGUGUUCUGUCCUGUCUGUGGCAUUUA